UGCAGUUCAAACUCCAGUCCGCAGGGGGCGCUAGUACAAUCAUCCCGCUGCCGACUGUCUCAGUUACCUUCCAAACCCAUAGUAACAUAUGUUAGCCUCCUGCUUAACAAACAGUUUGAGAGAUUUUUGGGUUUCACAAACUGUCGAUCCUGGUUUCAGCGUUUCCUUCUGGGUUUCCGCCUUGAAUAAAGUGGAGUCGGCCAACCGAAGAGUCUAUUCCAUCCACUCAACAGCCUCAGUCUCUGUGAGAUGAUGUACUCGAACAGGUCCGAGUAUGGCCACAGGCGGCAGCACAGCGACAGAGACUCCAGGCCCUGGGAUAACUAUGAUGACAGAAGAGAAGAGAGGCGUGAAUCUCAAAGAGAUAUUAGGCGUGACUCCUAUGAGAAGUAUGAUAAAUAUGGUGGGGAUGGACACAGCAGGACGCAGGGGAUGAGCAGAAGUAGAGAGUACAGUGACUCACCCAAGAGGCCGUACAGUAAAGACUUGAAAAGGGGUCGCAGUAGGAAGAGCCCAGUGAGAAGGGGCAUGUCCUCAACUGACUGGAGUGUCCCUGAAAAGAAGAGGAGAACGUUUUCAGAGGAAGAAGAUGAUCUUUACAGAUACAAACGUGAGCCUGAGGAUGAACCGUAUAGGCAGUCACCAGACAAAUUCUCACAUAAACAUAGAGCCAAGGAUUAUAAACAUACACCACCACAAGAAGAGGAGUUCAGAUACAGGAAAACGCCUCAGGAAUCCAGAUACAGCCUUCGGCACGAAGAGUUUCCUUCCAAGCCACGGCCAGAUGAUUCGACGUACAGACGUACAUCUGGAUAUUACACAGAUAGAGAUGGUGGAGACAGAAGCCAAGACCAUUCACGAGAGAGAGAACAAUCACAAGAUCACUCCAUGAAGACAUUGUUGUAUACUGAACAGCGUUAUGGCCAACCUCAAGAGAGGAGUGACAGCUUUUCCACCGACUACGAGGACCAUCGUCAGAACAGGACCAGAGUUCCAUUGAGCAGCUCAAGUGGGCAGACUUUUGAACAUCAUGUCAUUAGGAAAACCGGGAAAAGUCCUCUUCCUGAGCCAAAAAAACCAGCGAAGGGUUUCCAACGUUUCCUUGACGUGCUCAACAAGGGUGUGAAUUUCAAUGUGCUAACCAAGAUAGUGAAUCAGACUCAUACAGAAGCAGACGACCGACCACGUUCUCCAGCGUCUUUCCAGAGUGCUGAAGAUCGCCCAUGGUCUCCCUCUGGUUCCACUUGGAGGCAACAGGGAGGCCACAAAAAUACUGAGUACUGGAAUGAGACAGAUGAAAGUGUCAGACGGGUUUCUCCUCGGCCUCAUCACAGGUCUUUCAGUCCGAACAGGUGUGAUGCAUCUGAUGAAAAGGCUACACAAACAAGAGGUGAAGGAAGAAGCUAUUUUAGCCUCAACCGUAGAUCUCUGUCCCCACUUGGUUCAGAAAAGACCACUCUGACUCCUGAAGAUGAGCACAAACACAGGCAAAUGCAGGAUGUUCUGCAGGCCAUUGGGAUGAAUUUAGGAUUUGAUGAGCUGGGCCAAAUGUCCCAUCGAAUUCAGGAGCGGUUAUAUGGAAAGAAAGAUAGCGACAGGGGUCGAGAUUGUAAAGAAAGCAGGGAGACGAAGAGAAGUCAAGCAUUUUCUCCAAGACGGCGAAGUAGAUCAUCAUCCAGUCAGAGUAGUUUUAGCCCCGCGAGUCAGAACUAUUACAGGAGAAGCAACUCACACAGCAUCCCGAGAGAGGAAACGGAGCCUGAUCAACAUGUUGAAUAUAGUCACCAGAGCAGUAGCUCUGUACAGGACAGUGAGAGAAGUGAAACUUACUCGAAGGAAAACACUGGUGCAUAUCAAACAUUCAAUCCAAACCCCUCCAACACUGUAUCCGAACCACCUCUGAUGCCAGCGAGCCCGGUGGUGGGCUACACACCGCUGCCAUAUGCAGCUCUGUCUCCAAAUGUGCCCCCUACUGGACCUCAGUUCUUCUUGCCUCAGCUGCCCCCCUUCCUCCAUUACCCUCCCAUCCCACCAAUGAACAUUUUUCCAGCAGUCCUAGCUCAAACAAGGCAGCUUGUCUACCCUCAUAUUAGUAAUCAUUCACCAUCACUUCUUCGUCUGCCGGACUUGCAUCCACCUCAGCCUCUCAGCACCGUGCAAAAAUCUAAACCAAUGGCAAGGCCCCGCUGUUUGCAAGUCAUUGAAACCAAACAACCAGGAUGAAGGCGGUUGCAUUCGCGUGUAUGAGACGACGCAUUCAGACUGUUGUAGUUGAACAAUAAAGCCUUUUCCUCUGGCGGAUGGAAAUAAUGUCUCGAGCAGUAAACAGCCAGGGCUUCGGAGCCUCAUGGUUAUUCGAUCAUCUUAGCAGAACUAGAGGGUGCUGUGGAACUUGACUGGAAUCAGUAACUUUCUCAGCAGAAGCACAGAAUGCAAGAAGUGUGAAUCAAAACAUGUUUUCUUCCAUUUGCAUGAGUUUAAACACCAUAAUUUGGUACCUGUAUAAUUGCGUUAUCGUUGCUCACAAAGGUCUCUUUGUAGGACAGGGCUUCUUACUGUUAAAAUGGCGCCACUGUGCAGUGUUCAGUCCUCCAGAGGAUUCUAGCGGAACUACAGCUGCAAAACUUUCUCUUCACAUAGGCCUCCUUGUUGACCAGGUUUAUAUAUGUUUUUGUUGUGUACACAUAAAGAAAACCAUUGUGUAAAUAUCCAAAUUGCCUAAUAUUAAACACAGUGGUUCAAAGUGGU